AGAUCCGUACGUAGACGAUCCGGGGGGUAGACGGCGGUGUGGAAGGGGUCGCGUCGUCCUCGACGAUCUCGAGGAGCAUCGCGAGAAGGUGGGAGCCACGACGAAGCGAGCCCCGAGCGCCUCUCCGUCGCCCAGUCGUGACUUAGCCCGCAGAUUGGACGCAUCCCGGACGAACGGAUACGAACCUUUUCUUCUGUUGGACGAGUGAGAAGACCGAACACCACCAUGGACGCGAUCAAGAAGAAGAUGCAGGGAAUGAAGCUGGAGAAGGACAACGCGAUGGAUCGCGCGUUGCUCUGCGAACAGCAAGCUCGUGAUGCCAAUGCGCGAGCUGAAAAGGCUGAGGAAGAGGCUCGUGCCCUGCAAAAAAAGAUCCAAACCAUCGAGAAUGAGCUUGAUCAAACUCAGGAAGCUCUUAUGCAGGUCAACGCAAAAUUAGAGGAGAAAGACAAGGCUCUGCAAAACGCUGAGUCUGAAGUCGCCGCUUUGAAUCGUCGUAUUCAACUGUUGGAGGAGGACCUUGAGAGAUCCGAGGAGCGUCUUGCCACUGCCACUGCCAAACUGGCGGAGGCAUCGCAAGCUGCCGAUGAGAGUGAACGGAUACGCAAGGCCCUUGAAAACCGCACUAACAUGGAGGACGACCGAGUAUCCUUGUUGGAGCAGCAACUAGCACAGGCUAAACUGAUCGCAGAAGAGGCGGAUAAGAAAUACGAGGAGGUCGCCAGGAAACUAGUCUUGAUGGAACAGGAUCUCGAGCGCGCCGAGGAAAAGGCCGAACUUUCCGAAUCAAAGAUUGUCGAACUUGAAGAAGAAUUGCGUGUCGUUGGCAAUAAUUUGAAGUCCCUCGAGGUCUCCGAGGAAAAGGCGACGCAACGAGAGGAGACAUUCGAGGGCCAGGUGAAGAUUCUUGAUAGUCAAUUGAAAGAGGCUGAGGCACGCGCUGAGUUUGCAGAGAGAUCCGUGCAGAAACUCCAAAAGGAAGUUGAUAGGCUCGAAGACGAUCUUGCGGCCGAGAGAGAGAAAAACAAAUUGCUACAGGAGGAGAUGGAGGCCACCCUGCAUGACAUCCAGAACAUGUAGAUUGUAUUUUUCGCGGUGGACGAAAAUGCAUAAACGCGAAAAUGUUUAGAAAGCGAGAGAACACCCGAGAAAGAAAAGAGAAAGAGAGAGAGAGAUUGAGAAAAAAGAAAUCGAAAGAAAAUAAAUGCAAGCAAGUAGCAAAACGGCGGCAACGAGAAGUGAAUGAGAAACAAAUACGCCGUUACGAAGCGAGAGCUUCGUAUGUGGUGCAUCCUUACCUAACAUUAACAGAUAAAAAUGCAGUCUUUAGACUAGCCUUAUACCCUCCAUUACGUCCAUCCGCAGUGCGUGUACGUACUAUACAUGCUUGUAUGUGCUCAAGCGUGUAUGUCGUGUGCGUGUCUAUUUGUAUGCGUGUGACGUAAGUUACUGAUGUAGGCUGAAAGGAAGAGAGUAGAAAAUGUGUGCAUGUGCAUAUGUAUGUGAGAGGAAGAGUAAGGAAGAUACAGAAUGAAAGGACCAAUACGAGAGAGAGAGAGAGAGAGAGAGAGAGAGAGAGAGAGAGAGAGAGAGAGUAUAAAAGAUUGAAAGAACGAGGAAGAAUAAGUAAUACGCGACAAAGACAGACGACAGGAUAGUUCCAUACAUAAUAUGAAGUUACUUAUAAUUGAAAUCUGAUUUUUUUAGCUUUAGAUUUUAGCUUAGUCUGGUUUUAAAUUUUAAUUGAAGAAAAAUUGAGGCAUGACUGCGACCGGUUUGAGACGUCUUCGAACUCGUUGCGAUUUAAAUUCGUUACGAAAACGAUUACUGGCCGUGGGAGGAAUACGUGAGUAGGUAUUAUAGAGAGGCGAAGAAUAUAUGAAAAAUGAAGACAAAAUGAAUAGGAUUAUUUGUAUCGA